AUGGAGUAUAAACGGGUAUUAUUUGAUGAAUAUCGCGAUCAAAUAUCGGAUGUCCGGCGCAAAGUAUUCAUAGAGGAGCAAAAAUGUCCAGUACACACCGAAUGGAAUGAGCAAGAAGAUGCCGAUUCGAUUUAUUUCAUUUGCUUGAAAGGUAUUUUUCUUUGAAUAUUAUGAAGAUAAUAGGAGUUUGAUUAUAGGAGAACGAGUAGUUGGAAUUGCCAGAAUUCGAAAUGUUGGAAAAGAUUUACGAAAAUUAGAAAGAGUUGCAGUUUUGAAUGAGUUUAGAAGACGAGGAAUUUGCAGUGAACUUAUUAGAAAUGCAAUGAUUUAUGUUCAAACAACACAACCGGAUGCCUCAAUUUAUGCGUAUGCUCAAGUUUAUGCUAUUCAAGUAUACGUUAACUUAGGGUAAAUUUCAAAGUGAUCUUUUUAAAUGUGAUUAUUCAACAACAUUAAAAAUUUCAGAUUCUCCGUGAUUUCAAAUGUUUGGGUUGAAGAUGAAACAUUCCUUCGACACCAAACUAUUUUCUGGUCUCAUCCUCAAGCAGUUCAAAGAUUCCUUGAAAACGAAAAAGCUAGAAGCCCUGAAUCAAUUGAAGGAUUACAAGAAUAUGAUGUUCAUCAUCCAAAAAUGAUUGCGAAAAUUGAAAAAUACAAAGAGAGAUUAGAGGUGUCUUUUUAAUUUUUCCUAUCAACUUCCUAGUCUUUUUUUUUCUAGAACUGUGAUAUUUUCUAAAUAUUGUGAUAUUCUUGCCAGGUUGAAUAAAAUAAAGUGAUUUUUAGAACUUUGGAAAUCUUCAAACCCUUCAUCUUCAUCUUGACGAUUGGAUAAUAUCAAGGAUUCUGCGACAAAGAUUUGGAAGAUUUGCAAACAUCUCAUUUUCUUCAGAAAAUUUUGAAAAGGAAUAUGAAUUCUUGGCAGGUUUGGCUGAUGAGAAAUUGAAUACUGGCCAUUUUAAUGAAGUUGAUGAAAAUUGGAGGAUUUUUUAUAGUUUGGUCAGCUAUGUAAAAUGUGUUCAUCUUUUUGAAAAUGGUAAUUAUGAGGUGAGAUUUAUUCAGCUUUUCUAUUUUAUGUGGAAUUUUUUGAAGGAGGCUAUCAAUUUGGCUGACAAAGGAUUAUGUAUGGGUCGAAUUGAUGAGGAAAAAGUUGCGUUUCGAAAAUUGGCAUAUAUUAUUCAUAGUUGCUUAGAUGUUCCGAAAAUUAAAAUUCACCCAAAGUUCUUGGAAAUCUUGAAAUCGAAAAAGUUUUCAACAAACAAUCCGAUAGCUGAAUUUCAAGAAGAAGAUGGUUUCGAAAAAUUGAUUGAAGCGGUUCAAAAUCAAAAACCUGUUAUUAUUCGAAAUUUUGCUAAAAAUAUGAACGCUUUUGAUAAAUGGAGGUAAAUACUUGAAAAUGUUUGAAUUUAUUUCAAAUUUUGUUUUUGCAGCUUUGAAUUUCUUCUAUCUGAACUUCAUUCACGAACUUUUCCAGUUGAAAUUGGAUCAAAAUAUUCGGAUGAAAAUUGGUCACAAAAAAUGAUGAGUUUCUCGGAUUUUCUGAAAAAUGAGGAGGUGAGAAAUCUUGUAAGCUUCUCAAUUUUAUUUAUUUUUUCUCAAAUUCAGAACGAAACCGUUUAUUUGGCCCAACAUCGAAUUUUCGAUCAAGUUCCCAGCCUCAAAGAAGAUUUGAUUAUCCCAGAUGUUUGUUUUCUAACCGAAGAAAAUCCAGAGAAUAUUGAUAUAAAUAUGUGGUGUGGUCCAAGUGGAACUGUUUCUCCUUUGCAUACCGAUCCACGAAAUAAUGUAUUUGUGCAGAUUUUUGGAUCGAAAAUUGUGAAAAUGGUGGAUCCGAAAGAAUCUGAAUUUGUUUAUCCGUUUGAUGGAAUGUUAUCUAAUACAAGUCAGGUAA